GAGAUUAAAGCUGGUUCCCGAAGCUCACCCCAGCCCAUGUCACCCUCUGAUUUCCUGGACAAGCUCAUGGGACGAACCUCAGGGUAUGACGCCCGCAUUCGGCCCAACUUCAAAGGUCCGCCUGUCAACGUGACGUGCAACAUCUUCAUCAACAGCUUUGGCUCCGUCACCGAGACCACCAUGGACUACCGGGUGAACGUGUUCCUGCGGCAGCAGUGGAACGACCCCCGCCUGGCUUACCGGGAGUACCCCGACGACUCCCUCGACCUCGACCCCUCCAUGCUCGACUAUUGGAAGCCAGACCUGUUCUUUGCCAACGAGAAAGCCAAUUUCCACGAGGUCACCACCGACAACAAGCUCCUGCGCAUCUUCAAGAAUGGCAAUGUGCUCUACAGCAUUAGGCUGACACUGAUCCUGUCCUGCCCCAUGGACCUCAAGAACUUCCCCAUGGACAUCCAGACAUGCACCAUGCAGCUGGAGAGUUUUGGCUACACCAUGAACGACCUCAUCUUCGAGUGGCUGGAGGAGCAGGAGGCUGUGCAGGUGGCAGAGGGCUUGACACUCCCACAGUUCAUCCUCAGGGAUGAGAAGGACCUGGGCUACUGCACCAAGUACUACAACACAGGCAAGUUCACUUGCAUCGAGGUGAAGUUCCACCUGGAGAGGCAGAUGGGUUACUACCUGAUCCAGAUGUACAUCCCCAGCCUACUCAUCGUCAUCCUCUCCUGGGUCUCCUUCUGGAUCAACAUGGAUGCGGCACCGGCCCGGGUGGGCUUGGGCAUCACCACGGUGCUCACCAUGACCACGCAGAGCGCCGGCUCCCGCGCCUCCCUGCCCAAGGUGUCCUAUGUGAAGGCCAUUGACAUCUGGAUGGCCGUGUGCCUGCUCUUCGUCUUCGCCGCCUUGCUGGAGUACGCAGCUGUCAACUUUGUCUCACGCCAGCACAAGGAGUUCAUGCGCCUGCGCCGCCGCCAGCGACGGCAGAGGAUGGAGGAAGAGCUCAGCCGCGAGAGCCGUUUCUACCUGCGAGGCUACGGGCUGGGCCCCUGUCUGCAGCCCAAGGAAGGGGCUGGGGAGGGCCCCGGAGCGUUCAGCCCCCCGGGAGCCCCGGCCGUGCUGCGGGAGGGGGAGAGCCUCCGCAGGCGCUACAUCGACCGCGCCAAGCGCAUCGACACCGUCUCCCGAGCCGUCUUCCCCUUCACCUUCCUGCUCUUCAAUAUCUUCUACUGGGUGGUUUACAAAGUGCUGCGCUCAGAGGACAUCCACCUGGUGCCCUGA